AUGGAACAAGCAUCAACGUCGACAAGGAGCCCAUCAGUGUUCUCCUUAGAUGACUGCUCAGAUCUCUCUUGUGUAACAGGAAGUGAGUGGAGUCCCAGACAAAGCCCUUCCCAGCCCAGUUUGGAUACGCCACUUUACGACUCCCCAGAAUCCAAGAGUCCUGAUCAACAUCCUCCCCUGAAACGGGUCAAGAAAGUGCAUUUCAACAUUGCUUGUAUAUUGAGAGAGACCACCAUGGGAAGAGCAGCAUUAAGGAACAUCAAUGCUACAAAUCUCUGCAGCAAAAGGGACCGGCAUACUGUUGUGGAUAUGUUGACUCAGUACCUGAUACGGGAGUAUGGUACCAAGCCAAGCUCAUUUGUGAAGGCAUCAAUGGCCCAUGCCCUUGUGACAAGCUUUCCUUUCUUAAAAGAUCCAGAAUCUCCACUUGGCUAUGAGGCCUGGUACUGCGUGGGGGCCAAGGGACGGCCAGCAACAGGCUACCUGGAGGAGCAUCUGAGGUAUGUCAGAAAAAAGGAGAAGUCCCUGAGGGUACCAGUAGCUGAAGACGAGGCAGAGUCUCAAAAGCAAGGAGAUACUGAUCUUGAGUCUGUGAACGAUGAUAACAUCACGACAAUGGAAGAAUGGCUGCGUAACAACAAGGAGCCAGAGGACAUGGUGAAGGACUACAUGAAACAAACAGCAACAAAAAGACAUGACUGGAUCAAGAGAAGUGACUGUUGUGUGAAGAACAUUCUUACCACAUAUCCCAGACUUCUCGAUGCUGGAAUGAUUGAAGGAGAUUUUGCAGAAUUGUUCCCAGAGAAAGCAAACGCACUGUACCAGAAGUGGCCCACAUUCUGUAACAAAGUAGUGGACUUCACCGAGAAAACUGGCAACUGGAGAAGUGCAAGAGCCGAAUUCGAAAACAUUCAUGACCCUGGGAAACUCAGUCUUGAGGAAAAGAGCAAUCUUGGAUUCUACAUGCUCCCAGUCUUGUUCCGAGGAAGGAAAGAUUCCAAGAGAGGAACGUACACCACUGCAGAAACAUUGUCGUCCUUCAUUGACGUUCAACCAGAGGUUCUCGACAUCCAGACUUAUGUUGAUAACAUUGAUGAAGCAGUCAGGUCACAGCCAUUUGUUGUUGUGCGUGGGAACAUUCUCACACCAAUACAGGCGUACGUCGUAGUAGAGAGGAGGAUACUUCCUGCCGCAACACUGCUUAAAGCAGUCGACUUGUGCUUUAAGGCACUUUAUGUGAUGGAUAUCGAAUAUCAGCCGCAAAGCUGUUCUGUUUGGAAAUUUCUCCAGAUUGUGGUGUUCCAGUUUACCGAUGGGGAGCAUCUUACACCAAAGCUGCGGGAGGUCCGAGCCUUCAUGAACAUGCCAUAAGCCAUCAUGAUGUGUUCACGCCAAGGAUGAUUACUGGUGAUAUAUUUCCUACAGAUGAAACUGACACAUCAUCGUUUAGCACAUUUUGGCUACUUGAACCAGUUUAUUUUGGGAGAAAAAAAACUGGAAAAAAGUAUUAUUUUGGACAAAAUAACCUUAAAGACAAACUGUUAUGAGUUGGAUUCAGCACAUUAUUUUACAUAAUUUAGACAUGUUUGUGUAAGACUGAAGAUUUGAGGGUGGGGUGAGGAUCGCUGAAUAAUAUAAAAAAAAGAGAGAAUUUAUACACAGCAGAAGUCUUUGUGUACAUUUUAAAAAUGAUAAAGGCCUAAUUGUUUUAUCCCAAUCAUUGCUUAACAUCCCCACCUUGAAAGUUUAAGAAAACAAAUGAAUAUAUGCCAAGUAUAAAUACAAAACAUAUUAUUGGCUAUAAAUCUUUUGCACUGGCGUAUACAAAUGCUUAUCGUGUUUGGUCUUAAUCCCAAGAGUACUGUUUCAUAACUCGUACAUCAAAAUGAUAUAUUUCUUCAUAAAACAUGAGCUAUGAUAUUUAUGACGUUUAAAACAGCAAGUGGGGUAUAUGAUUGUAAAUUACAUAUACCAUUAAUUUUCAUGUAAUGUGUAUCGUCCAUUGACCCUACGCUGAACUCUCUGCUGAAUGGACUGCAUGCAUUAAUUUACAUCGCGCAAAGCAGAAGUAGAGAAGUCAACAUUUUCAUCUACAUUUUGCAAAAUUGUAUUGAUAUUAUUGAUAAUAUCAAUAAAAUCAAUCAAACUGAGUAUAGCAGGUAGGGUCAAUUGAUUUUUGUUGUCUUUAAUCUAAUCAAAAAGUUAUAGUAGGCAGUGUGUAUCCUUGUUAUUUGAUCAGUACCUGUUCACCAUCACAGAUAGCCAAACUUUCAUGUGGUACUUCUGCACAUGUCAAAUAAUCUAGAGGGAUUUGAAUUUAUUUCCUCUUUUUUUUUCACUUCAAAAAAAUGUGUGCAUGUGUAACACUCUAAGGCAGAGUAUUGGUGUGUCAGGAUAAAUGAACACUAUGCCACACAUGGGAGUACAUGGGAUACAUACAGUGUACAUCAAAGUUGUCAUGCUGCACCAAACAGGGGCUAUAUUUGCAUUUACUUUUUUUAAAAGGUUGUAUUUUUUUCACCAAAAAUUGUAAUGUUGUAGUUGAUGUGAACAAGUUUUGUUUUUACGUUUCUGAUGAAAACAACAACAUGUGUUUACUGUGUAUGUUAUUUGUGUUUCAGUUAAGCAAUUAUUACCCUUUAGAUGAGAAAAAGAGUUGAGCAAAUAGAUGUUAUGGAAAAAAUGUUGAGCAAUGAUUAUCCAACAGACGAAUUAAAAAGUUGGGCAAAUGGA